CAGAUGGUAAUUCUAGAUUAUAAGUUCUGAGGGUAUUGGACACACUUUUUGGACAAUAGUGAUGAAAUUUGAUUUAGUUAUUAUUUUGAUACAUGGGAUUUAUCUGGUCUGUUGUGUCGAAAGAUUUCCCAAUGCAGGGGAGGAAAAUUUUUCGAAUAGAAUAAAAAGAUUAGAUGUUAAAGACGGAGAAUUCACGAACAGAAUAGUUUUCACUACUACGAGAGAAGAUGACCCAAUCUUAUGGUUUAAUCAAAAGUAUCCUCAGUAUGACUAUAUUGCACAGUUUUGGAUUGGGAAAACUAGAUAUAUCACUGCUCAAAUACGUCAGACAAAAACUAAAGAGGUAUUAAGUACUCUCAGAGAAGACACUGAUGUAGAGCUACUGAGAAAAAGUUCUGAGAUUUCCUGGGUUAGACAAGAAAAGGCAUAUGUCAGAAAAGCAAAAACAUUGGACACAGAAUGGUCAAAUCUUUGGCAUUUGAAUGGUGAUAUUUCUCCAACAUUGAAAGUGAACGAAGCAUGGACGGCAGGAUAUUCUGGUAAAGGUAUUAUUAUAGCAGUAUUGGAUGAUGGGUUACAGACAGGCCACCCUGACCUUGCUGCCAAUGUCGAUACUGUCAAUGAUAUCAACAUUUAUAAAGUAAAUAACAAUCCUGAUCCUGAGCCGGGAUAUAGUCAUGGAACAAAGGUUAGUGGACUUAUAGGUGCAGUGAAGGAUAAUAAUUUAUGUAUAGUUGGCGUGGCUUUUAACUGUACUCUCAUAGGAGUUCGGAUAUUGGGAGACUUGGCUAUAACAGACGCAGAGGAAGCUCAAGCUCUUUCUCAUUAUCAAUCGCAUGUUGAUAUAUACAGCAAUAGCUGGGGACCUCCCGAUGGAACAGGGUUUGUAGGUCCGAAAUCAAUCACCAAAACAGCAUUUCAAGAGGGAGUGACUAAUGGAAGGAAUGGCAAAGGUUCUAUUUACAUAUGGUCGGCAGGUAACGGAGGUACGACAGACAACUGUAAUGGUGACGGCUAUGUCAAUAGUAUUUAUACAAUUGCAAUUUCUAGUGUACAGAUAGGUAAAAAUGCAUGGUACUCUGAAGUAUGUGCCCCUGCCUUAGCAGUAACAUAUGGUGGUAGCGAGGAAGACAGAUUUCUCACAACAACUACAACGUUAUCAGACUGUACAAGUGAUGGUGUCCAGGGCACGUCGUUCGCAGCACCAAUUGCUUCUGGUAUAGUGGCUCUUGCACUCGAGGCUAAUCCAGAUCUGACAUGGAGGGACAUUCAACAUCUGAUUGUUUUCACAUCAAACAGGAGUGGUUUCUCUGACGCGUAUUCUGAUUGGACGACGAAUGGAGCAAACAAAGAAUUCAGCCAGGUCAUGGGUUUUGGUUUAAUGAACACUGAAGCAAUGGUGAGCUAUGGGAAAACCUGGACAACAGUUCCAACACAACAAACGUGCACUUCAUCAACAAGCUCACCAGGUCUAGGUUGA